CUCCUUUCUACACCAUCAUUCUGGACGCAAAUCACCCCCAUCACCUGUCUCAUCGAGGUUGAUGUGCAUAUGGACGAGGAGCUCUGUGUAGCUAUUCAGCAUCGUGCACGCGGUACAUGGCACUUUGUUUUGCCAACAAAAGGAACAUGUCUGCAGCUUACCAACGGUAGGUGGUACAACAACCACCACGGCUAUCCUGUGACACGCGACCACCCAGAAAGAAUUCCCCAAUGAAGUUCAAGUAAAGGUAUGGCCACCUUGGUUAUCAAGCUUGUCCAUCACAUCAGUUGGCGGGCUGGUGUGUGGUCAAAAACUGCCUGUCAAUGAUCCUAUCCGCUUAAGCCUGCUGUACCAAGACAUUUGAACCAUGUCGCCAAGUCCUUGGGAUGCAUCACUAUUGUGCCACUCUGCCUCCCAUUGAUAACGACCAACGACACCUUCCUCAUUUGUCGGACUGCUCCGGGCCUACGUUCUAGUGAUAUGCAAAUGAAUGCUUUCGAUGGCAAAAAUGGGAUCGAGAUAUAUAUUUGUGCAGAGACGACCCAUGCUUCGCUCCGACAUCAGAGCAGAUGAUUACUCUUGCCUCAUCAGUCUCAAUCAUAACAUCUUGCAAAUAUGAGUGCUAUCGCUUCUAACGAGGCUCCCAUUAUUGCCCAGGCUCAGGUGGACGAUGCGGCCCUUGCUGGCACUGUGGCGGAGAAGCGCCUGGGGCGUGGUUCCAUUGAUGUGACCUCAUUUCAAGAGACGAACUCUUCAUCCGACGACGAAGUUACUGAGGCCGAUCUUCACACUCUUCGCCGAGUCUCAGGAAAGAUUCCUUGGCCUGCUUUCACUGUCGCUUUUGUUGAGCUGUGCGAGCGAUUCUCCUACUAUGGCACCACCGUUGUCUUUGUCAAUUUCAUUCAGCAGCCUCUUCCCGAAGGCUCUACGACCGGGGCAGGCCAUGAGGGUCAGUCUGGUGCGCUGGGAAUGGGCCAGCGAGCCUCGACGGGACUCGUGACUUUCAACCAGUUUUGGGCAUAUGUGAUGCCUCUGCUGGGCGCAUACAUUGCCGAUGCUCACUGGGGUCGCUACAAAACCAUCCACGCCGCCAUCGUCUGUGCAAUUGUGGGACAUGUCAUCUUGACAGCCUCAGCAGCCCCGAGUGUUAUUGCUCACGGAAGCUCUGCUCUCGCCGCCUUCUCCAUCGGACUUAUCAUUCUCGGUGUUGGAACUGGUGGCUUCAAGUCGAACAUCGCUCCACUUUUGGCAGAGCAACAAACAGAGACCAAGAAGAGGAUCGAGGUGCUCCCAUCGGGCGAGCGUGUCAUCGUGGAUCCAACAGUGACGACCUCUCGAAUAUUCCUCUACUUCUACCUCUGCAUCAACAUCGGCUCUCUGGUCGGACAAAUCGGCAUGGUUUAUUGCGAGAAAUAUGUCGGCUUCUGGCUCGCCUACAUGCUCCCCACAUGUUUGUUCUUGUUUGCGCCCGUGGUGCUCAUAGUAUGCCGCAAGCAUUACGUGUUGACUCCUCCCACUGGCUCUAUCGUGGCCAAGUUCUGGCAUCUGUGGACCUAUGCGUCCAAGGGUCGAUGGAGCAUCAACCCAGUCAGGACGUACAAGAACUUGUCUGCUCCGGACUUUUGGGAACGGGUGAAACCUUCCAACAUUCCCGCCGCUCAACGACCGACGUGGAUGACGUUCGACGACGCUUGGGUUGAAGAAGUCCGUCGCGGACUCAAGGCGUGUGCCGUCUUUUUGUACCUGCCUCUUUACUGGCUUGCUUAUGGCCAGAUGACGGGCAACCUGACGUCUCAAGCUGCCGUCAUGGAACUCAACGGCGUUCCCAACGACAUCAUCCAAAACCUCAACCCGAUCUCCAUCAUCAUCUUCAUCCCGUUCAUGGAUUUCGUCGUCUACCCCGCCCUCCGCAAAGCGCGGAUCAACUUCACCCCAAUCAAGCGCAUCGCGUUCGGGUUCGCGCUGGCCAGUCUGGCCAUGGUGUCCGCGUGCGUGAUCCAGGUGUACAUCUACCGGCUCUCGCCGUGCGGCCACCACGCGUCGGACCCGGACUGCGCGGGCCCGGCGCCGAUCAACGUGUGGGUGCAGACGGUGCCGUACGUGCUGAUCGGCUUCUCCGAGAUCAUGGCGAGCAUCACGUCGCUGGAGUACGCCUUCACCAAGGCGCCGUACAACAUGCGCAGCUUCGUCAUGGCCAUCAACCUCCUGAUGAACGCCUUCUCCAGCGCCAUCGCCCAGGGCCUCGUCGCCCUGUCGGCCGACCCGCUGCUCGUGUGGAACUACGGCGUCGUCGCCGUCCUGGCCGGCGCGGGCGGCGUCCUGUUCUGGCUCAACUUCAAGAAGCUCGACAGCGAGGAGGACAAGUUGAACAUGUUGCAGGCCAGUUCCUACGUGGGCAAGAGGAAGAGCGUGGCCAGCGUGAGUGGGCCGGCAACGCAGGAGACGUUGGUGGACAAGGACCACGCGUGAGAUGUCGUCUCUCGUCUGGAUGUCAGAAGGCUGAGCAGAGGAGAGGAAGCGCCCUCCCACGGCUUCAACGGGCUUCAACGGGAUGAGCAGCAGCUGGGGCGAAAGUUGACAAGUGAAGAUCCGUAGUCGCUGCUCUCACAUAGCCACAGCUAUAGCCGUAGCCAGUUAUAAAUCUAUCCUGUGUUACUACUCCACAGACUCAAGACUGCAUCGGGCC